AGCAGCAGAGCUUCGCCUCCGCGCCUGUGACAGUGAGUGAGCGUGAUGGUGAGUGACCCGCGCCCGCGGUAGGCGUCAUGCGACGCAUCGCGGCCCUGCUGGCCGUCCUGGCGCUCGCGGCCGCCGAGGCCUCGCUGAUGGGCUUCGAGGAGAGCGUGUGGGAGCAGCCGCCGUACUUCGACGACGCCACCGUGCGCGAGGUGACCGCGGCGGCCGGCUACCCGGCCAUGCUGCGCUGCCGCGUGCGCAACAUCGGCGACCGCGCCGUGUCGUGGAUCCGCCGCCGCGACCUGCACAUCCUGGCCAUCGGCAUCAUGACCUACACCAACGACCCGCGCUUCCAGGCCGAGCACUCCGAGGGCUCCGACGACUGGACGCUGCGGAUCCGCGCCGCGCGCCCCGCCGACUCCGGCGUGUACGAGUGCCAGAUCUCCAUCGACCCCAAGAUCAGCCUCGGCAUCCACCUCAACGUCGUGGCGAGUCAGGCGCGCAUUCUGGGCAGCCGCGAAGUGUUCGUGCGCGGCGGCAGCGACGUGAACCUCACGUGCGUGGUGGAGGCUGCGCCAGCGCCCAUCGAGCUGCACUGGGCCAGAAACGGCCGGCCGCUGGACUUCUCGCGGCGCGGCGGCGUCAGCGUCCUCACGGAGCGGCGCGUCCGCACGAGUCAGCUGCUCAUGAGCCGCGUCUCGACGCGCGACGCCGGCAACUACAGCUGCUUCCCGUUGGGCAACAGCGCCACGGACGCGGCCAGCGUGCUCGUGCACGUGAUUAAGGACGAGAACAGUGCCGCCAUGCAGCACGAGUCGUCCGCGCCGCCGUCGGAAGCGCACAAUGUGGCGCUGCUGGCGACGGUUGUCGUGAUUGUGAGCCAGUCGGUGGCCAGGUGAUAAUUGAGGUGGAGGCUGCACAAAGGCAAAGCCGAUGACGAAUUGGGCAAAUUGUUGCUGACGCCUGACUCCGAAGGCCUCCUCAUCACCCCGCGACGCGUGGCUCCGGCGGAUCCGCGCGAGAACGCCUCUGUUGCACGUGAAUGGUCGGUUUUAUUUUCGGUGACGCAGCAGAAAGUGCACAAAGACGGUGUAAGGUGAGGAGGAAGAGCGCCAGAAAGGGCGCGAUAUAGAGAGAAAAGAGUAAUAAAUAAAGAAACUGUUGAAAAUGUGGAAA